GCCGUUUACUUUCCUACCAUCACUGAAGACAGUUUAAAAAGCCUUGUAUCUUUUUUCUUCUUCUUUUUUUUUCUUUUUUCUUUUUUCUUCUUUUCCUAGAAAUGAAGUGUAUGUGAAAUGAAGUUGUGUAACUUCCUAACGUCACUUUUUCCUCUUUUCUCGUUAGUUCCUUCUCUAUCUGGUCCCUCAACAUGAUCACAGUUAGGGAACUUGUGAAAGGGUUCUUGACGUCUAGAGGUUACUGAAUGUCACACACCUCACGUCGAAACACCAGUAAAGUGAGUUAAAGCUUUUACAGAUAAUAAAUAAUAAUAAACAUGGUUUCAGAUAGUUACUGGGUUACUGUGUUGUAAGGAAAUGUGUUUGGACAGACUGGGAGCGUCUCUAGGGAUAAAAUAAAACCCCAGGAUGUGAAGUCCAUCAGCAGUUUGUCGUUCCUGUUCGUAUCCUUUCCUCUCCGGAUCAGUGUAAUGAUGAGUUUGGUGAAGUCUACAGUGGGUUCAGCUUUUACUGAAAGUGCUCUCAGACUCAUUUUAACCUGAUUUACAGGAAUAGUCUGAUUAAAAAAAAAAAAAAGAAAGAAAGAAAGAAAAUCUGUUCACGCAGUUGCAUUAGGGGUAUAAACUGUGCUUGUGUUCUUCAAUAAUCUUCAGAUCAGGACUUUUAUUUAAAAAAAAAAAUAUCUUGAGGGGAAAGUUGGGUGACAGACUAAAUGACAAUCACAAAAAGAAAACAAAGGUUGUGCUUGUAUAAAUGUCAAGUACAGAAUAAAAGGAAUACAGUAGGUGCUGAAGAAUAUCAUUUACACAAAGUAAAAUUCUGUGUAGUUAAAAUGAAAGCUAUUUGGAAUAAUAUGUUUUGUCUCUAUUUUAAAUUAGAUAAUUAACUUAAUAUCUUGCCUUAGAGUUUAGACUAGAGUUUACACUGAUGCAUUGGAAAUGUGGCCAAAAAUAUUUUACAGUUUGCAUGUUAAUCUGUAGCUUUAAGAAUUUUUAUUGUUAUUUUUUCAUGUCAUAUACUAACAAUUCAGCCCAAAAAAAGACUUCUGAAAAAUAUUUAAAAUAGGUUUAGCUGGGUAAAUUCUGUAAAGUUCUGUACAUUUUUAACUGAAUUAUCUUUUUAAAAAUUAACACCAGAGAAUACAAUACUAUCAAAAGGACGAAUAACAACAUCGUUAAUUAACAAAUUACAAAAACAAAUUAUGAUGAAUGUGUAAACAUGAGCUGAAGAUAAAAUCCGCACAGCUUCCAGGAUGAGCUGAUGGGCUACAGCAGAAUGCCCGGAUGAAACGGCGGGAUCUGAUUUGUCCUUGUGUUCACUACGUCACUCUCCCGGAAAUGUAGUUUGAAGAAAUAAACUACAAAUCUGAACUCUUUUUUUUUUUUUUUCUUCUUCUUUUUUUUUUUAAAUUUAAAUAUGAAUAUUAUAUGAAUCCAACUAUAGUGUUACAUGACUGAGGAAUAAUGAAAAAUGAAUAAAUGUAAACUUGAAAAAAUUAAAAGUUUCACAAAUAGCGCCGUUCGCUUGGUUGUGAUUUUUUAACUUCCUGGUGUUUACGUAGUGCGUGCUGACGUCAUCGCGCAGUUUGGCACUUCCGUAAACCAAGGCAGCGGUUGAGCCUGAGCGCGAGCGAGCGCUGUUUAGUUAGCAUCUGUAGCUACCUUAAAGCGGCAGCGCCCUUCAUGAGGACUCACGGGGUGGGGUUUAUUUUUAUAAAGCUUUAUUUUGUGUUUUCUGACUGAAAGGAGCGCGCGGCUUCGGUGUAUGUAGUGUAUGGAGGAAAAAAGAAAAAAAAUAGAUGUGUGUGAAUGUGUCAGAGGCGCAGGCGCACCGUUAACUAGCAUAGCAUCCGCGCUAAUAAAGGAGAGAAUCUGCGACAAAAAAAAAAACAAAUCUGCUGGAGAUGACUUCCGCUCAUGAGCGCUGAGGUGUUUAUAUCCCAGAGCGAGGGGAAGAAGGAGAGAGAGAUGUGGAGUUUAAUGGUGAUGUGAGAGAGAGAGAGAGAGAGAGAGAGAGAAGCGCGCGCGCGGUGGGAAUGAUGAGUAACGUUAACGUGAACGUGAACGCGCAGGACCGGAGUCCAGACUUCGUCCUCAUGCGUUUGGUUUCUGCAGCCGAGUAUGAUGACCUGGAGCCGGACCGUGAGGAGGUGCUGUCCGCUCAUCAGAGACCGGAGAAGAGCAGCGGGUUAACCCCAGCAGCAGCGGGAGCAGGAGCAGGAGCAGGAGGCAGAGAGGAGCCGAACUACAGCGCCGACACGCAGACAUGUCAGUGGAUCCCUGUGCUCAGACUCAGCAGCACUGAGGAACCUCAGGAACUUCAGGAAGGACUGUGUCACAGACACGGACACCUAAAGGAACACUCUAUAGGGGACAAACCGGGUCACUUCGCCCCCAGUGACUCCCUCAGACCCGGGACCGGGACCGGGACCUCCACCCUGGAUCCUGUCCUGAGUCUGGCUCGGCAGCUGAGUGAGAUCGGACCGGGCUCGGACCCGACGCGGAAGGACGAAGGGGAGGUCUCGGUGUGCUCCUGUCAGCCCGGAGAGGACCCGAGUGAGACCAGUGACGCGCUGCUGGUGUUGGAGGGUUUGGGUUCGAAGGGGGCGAAGGAGCAGACGGGUUUCGCUCAGACUCUAAGCGACUCCGCGUCUCUGAGCGGCCUGAUGCGCCAGCUGACCUCUGACCCCUGCUGUCAGGAUGCCGCCGCCCCCGCGGCCCCUCUUAGUCGCCCACCCACUCCGAAACACGUGGGCUCGGCCCUGCAGCUCUCGGCCUGCGGCAGCAGCGGCAGCGUUAACGGCGGGAGCAGGGAGAGGGAGCGAGGGAAGUCCAGGAAGGGUUCGCUCAAGGUGUGUUUGAGCAAACUGUUCCGCACUAAAAGCACCGGCAGCACCGACGGAGGUCACAUGACCAACAAGAGGCCGUCCCUCGCUUCGUCCACUUCAUCCGGAGGCAGCCUCGUCGACGUGUUCGGCCCCGGCGAUCCCGACACCCCCAGGUCUCAGACGGUCAGGCCUCACAGUGCCUCCUACUCUCCUGUUCCCUUCACAGGUGAGACCGUGUCUCUGGUCGAUGUGGACAUUUCUCGAAGGAGUGUAAACUCUCUCCAUCCUCCCACUCCUCCUCCUCCACCCAGGAGAAGUCUCAGCCUGCUCGAUGAUUUGGGAGCACCUCAGCCUGGGCGGUUACUCUCCUCAGCGCAGUCACUACAGCCUUCACACACACACUCACACACACACAUCCACCACAGCCUGAGUCUGAACGAUACGACUCUCCGCAGUGUUCCACACAGGCCACGCCCCCUCCAGAACGACAGCCAAUCAGGUGGUCCGGUACAGCGGCGGUCCCUGAUGUGUCCUCUGACCAGCAGCUUCGCCACCAGCCUCCGAGAGCUGGAGAAGUGCGGGUGGUACUGGGGGCCGAUGAACUGGGAGGAUGCGGAGAUGAAGCUGAAGGGGAAGGCAGAUGGUUCGUUCCUGGUGCGAGACAGCUCAGACCCGAGAUACAUCCUCAGCCUGAGCUUCAGAUCGCAGGGGGUCACACACCACACCCGCAUGGAGCACUACAGAGGAACGUUCAGUCUGUGGUGUCACCCGAAGUUUGAGGAUCGCUGUCACUCAGUGGUGGAGUUUAUCGAGCGAGCCAUCAUGCACUCCAAAAACGGACGAUUCCUGUACUUCCUGCGCUCACGAGUUCCAGGUCUUCCCCCCACCCCGGUGCAGCUCCUGUACCCAGUGUCUCGGUUCAGCAGUGUGAAGUCUCUACAGCAUCUCUGUCGCUUCUGCAUCAGACAACUCGUCCGCAUAGACCACAUAGAGGAGCUGCCACUGCCCACGCCUUUGAUCGGGUACUUACGGAAGUUCUAUUUCUAUGAUCCAGAAGAGGAGAAGAACCUGUCAAUCAAAGAAUCAGGGCGGGACUCCAGUGCACAGGAGGCGGAGUCUCAGACGUAGCAGGAACAGGAGAUGGAUAGAGUCUUUAUUUUUAUUUGGAUUACACAGAGACCUGCUGAGACCAAACCUGGCUGAGUUUUGAUUGACAGAUGGACUACUGAUUUUUUUUUUUUUUGUAAACACUGAAGGACCUAAUCACUUCUUCUGGAGGUGUUGUGAUUGUAGUGUUAUUUCUAACAAUGAUCCUCCCUCCAGGAGGGAAGGGGACGUGGAAACCCGCAGCUGAAGCAGGAUGAGAUGUUAAUGUGAAGAUGUUCUGAUGCACUGAUGGUGAAGAGCGAUCACAGAGCCACGUGUGGAACUGUGAUGAGUUCAAACUGGACAUGCUUCUGCUCACAUACAAGGUUCUACUCAUACUUAUGUUCUCUCAUGGUCAGUAUAAGGGUAAGGUGUGUGUGUGUGUGUGUGUGUGUGUGUGUGUGUGUGUGUGUGUGUGUGUGUGUGUGUACAUAGCGUGUGUAUGGUGUACAUGGAACUGUAUGGAGAAGAUCUCUUCUAUCCAAACUAAAAGACUGUUCGAACUGGAGCUGCAGGUUCUGCUGUGUGGAACAGGACCGUGUUCUCCUAAACUCAUCUCAAACACACAGCGUGGAAAUAAACAUGGGGUGAUGAUUUAAAAAAA